AUGGCGCAGACGCCGAACCCCAGCAGGAGGUCGUGGGUCGGCCCGGCGCCGAUGCCAUUCCUCACGCCGCGGCCGGAGCGGCGGCACCUUGAGAUGAGGUGGGCGGACGGAGUGUCCCAGAGCGCUGCUCGCCGUAGCGGCGUCGGCGCCGUUGCCGGCAACGGUGGAGGCGGGGAUGGAUGCGAGAGGGAUCGGGAGGUGAACGUUCAGGUCGUGCUCCGGUGCAGGCCACUGAGCGAGGAGGAGCAGAGAGCGAAUGUGCAGAGCGCCAUCUCUUGUAAUGACCUGAAGAGGGAGGUCACAGUUCUGCACAGCCUCUUCAAGCAAGUAGACAAGACGUUUACCUUCGACAAGGUAUUUGGACCAAAAUCUCAGCAAAGGUCGAUAUAUGACCAUGCUGUUGCACCAAUAGUGACUGAUGUCCUCGAAGGCUAUAACUGCACUGUCUUCGCCUUUGGGCAGACUGGAACCGGAAAGACAUAUACCAUGGAGGGAGAGAUGAGACUGAAGGUCAGUGAACUACCAGAUACUGCCGGUGUCAUCCCUAGAGCAGUGCGCCAUAUAUUUGACAUGCUUGAAGCACGGAAGGCUGAUUAUAGCAUGAAGGUAACCUUCUUAGAGCUCUAUAAUGAAGAUAUAACAGACCUAUUAUCUUUGGAGGGCCAAAGCAGAUUCCCUGAAGGUAGACAAAAGAGGCCUAUAACUCUUAUGGAAGAUGGCAAAGGUGGCGCAGUCAUAAGAGGACUUGAAGAGAUUGUUGUCUACAGUCCUAGUGAAAUAUACAGACUUUUGGAACAUGGGUCAGCUAGGAGACGCACUGCUGACACUGCACUAAAUAAGCAAAGCAGCCGAUCACAUGCUGUUUUUUCUAUAAACAUCCAUGUCAAAGAAACAACGGUAGGAAAUGAGGAGCUCAUGAAGUAUGGGAGGUUGAACCUUGUAGACUUGGCAGGGUCAGAGAAUAUUGCUCGAUCAGGGGCAAGAGAGGGUAGAGCAAGAGAAGCUGGAGAGAUGAAUAAGAGCCUAUUAACUCUGGGACGUGUCAUCACUGCGCUUGUGGAGCAUUCAGUUCAUGUGCCAUACAGGGAUAGUAAACUCACCAGACUGCUAAGAGAAUCAUUAGGAGGCAAAGCCAAAACAUGCAUCAUAGCAACAGUGUCUCCAUCUGUCCAUUUCCUGGAGGAAACACUGGUCACACUUGAUUAUGCUUCUCAAGCUAAAAGCAUAAGAAACAAGCCGGAGGCAAAUAAAAAAACAUGCGAAUCUGUUAUGCUCAAGGACCUCUACCAAGAAAUGGAAAGAAUGAAGCAAGAUGUCAAAGCUGCAAGGGAAAAGAAUGGAAUCUACAUCCCUCAUGAAAGGUUCGUCCUAGACGAGGCAGAAAGAAAGAAAAUGAAGGAAAAAUUAGAAAAUUUGGAGCUCACUCUUGAAAAGCAGAACAAAGAAGUUGGAAAAUUCAAAGGCUUGUACCAAGCAGAGCAGGAAUGCCUCUUGGACUUGGAAAGUCAGAACAAAGAUUUGAAGGUAAAUCUUGAAACCUGGAAGAGAAAGUUUCUAGAUCUUCAAGAAGUUCAUUGCAGAGCUAACACAUCGCUAAGGGAGAAGGACUUCAUUAUCUCAGAUUUACUUCAUUCUGAACACUUAAUUCUGGAACGUGCAAAGGAUUUGCGCAAUACCUUGGAGAAUGCAUCCGGAGAUACCACUGUACUUCUGAGUAAACUAGAAAGGCAAUCAAAAACUGAAACGGAAAACAAAGGCUUGCUAUCUGGUUUUCGGGCUGAAUUGGAUCAUAGUCUUGGAGCUCUACAUGCUACAGUCAUUGGAUCGGUUUGUGAACAGAGUAAAAUUUUGGAGUCUAUGAAUGAACAAACAAAGCUAUACUUUUCAGCCAGAAAUGAGUCGGAAAACCAAUUGGAGAGAAGAAUUGCAAGAGUCAAAGAUAUGUAUGUCUCUGGGGUCCAAUGCAUGAAGGAGCUCGCUCUUACCAUGAGACAGCAAUCUAUCAUAGAUUCCGAGCAGAUGAGGCAGAACAUAUCUACUAAUGCAAUUGCUGUUGACAAUUUUCUAGCAAUGAUGGUUUCAGAAGCUGAACAAGUUCUAAACGAUGUUCUGAAAUCUACUUCGGAGCUCAAGGAACUAUUAGCCUUUUCUACAAAACUACAAAACUCUGGAUUGAAAAGGAGUCUUACUUCUGCACAAGACAUGUCAAAGACAUCAAUUGAUUUCUUUAAAGAUAUCAGUAUACAUGUGUCUCGGCUCAUCACUCUUAUGGAACAGAAUCAAAUGGAAAGGUCCUCCAAGCUUGUUAAAUUUGAGAAUGAGUUUAAGGAAACUUGUGUUAAAGACGAGCAAGCUGCUCUGAAUAAGAUUGCUGCAAUUUUAUCAGAGUUGACUGCCAAGAAAACUACAAUGGUUUCAUCAUAUAUGGGACAGCUGAAUGAGAGAUACUGUCAAGAGCAGAAGCACCAGAAAUUGGAGAUGUCCAACCUACAACAGGUUUCAGAUAAUGGCAAAAAUGCGUGUGUGGCUCAUGUUGGAGUUAUAGAGAGCCAGUUCCACGAGGAUAUGUCAUCGCAUGCUAAAUUAAAUGAUCAAAUGGAAGGCAUCUUGCAGCAAUGCUUGAAGAAAGGUAGCCAUUCUGUAUCUUACUGGUCACAUGCACAAUCAUCUUUGCAUGAUCUUGGUAAGAGCUCAAUCAUGGAGGCUGACGAUUUUAUCGAGGAAAGGAGAAACAAAAAUGAAAAUAUGUUCCAGGAAAGGCUUCUGCUUUCUUCACAGAAUGAUGCAGAGUUUCAUGCCAUUACAUCUGAUGUGUUGACUGCUUCCAAGAAUUCCCUCUUACUGGAUCAUGAAACUAGCAAGAUGAUAGAAACCAACUCCACCACUUUCUCGAGCCAUCAGGAAUUCCUGAAUGAAAAACACGGUGAAGGCGCAGAAUCUAUAAGAAACCUGACGAGUAACUGUCUUGAGAAGGACUACAUGCUAUUGUUCACCCAUCAGGCUAAUAGUCCGGUUCGAAACCAUCCAAGGGAACUACUGACCAGUGCAAACAGCUUGGAAUCAAUUGACAAACUAAGAGCUUCUCUGCCAGAUCUGGUGGCAAAGUUCAGGUUCGAGAACAAGUUGGAUGAAAUGGACAAGGGGAAGCAAUGCUCCGAUCAAAGGACACGCACUCCAAGAAGUCCUCUAACGCCUGUCAAUCAGUGA